AUGGCCGACAUCUUGCCAAAAACGAUGGAUAUAGACGCCAUCAAUCAACUGGAAGGGCCUCCUGGAGACUCUUCCCACUUCAACGCUUCAAAUAGUGCUUUAAACGAACCGAAACCGCCAGAUAUUGGCCGAAAACGAAAAACCGACGUCGCACCCGAUGACCUGAUGGACCUUGAUGGCGAGUCCUCAGAUGCCGUAGAAAACGGCGAAUUGGAGCCAUCUUUCGUGACAGCAGGAUCAGUUAUGGCUGAUGACUCUUUUGACGAUACCCAAGAAGCCUCAAACGCUUUAAACACCUUGAACGAAGGGCCAGAAAUGUCGAUUAUGGACAGCUUUGAAACCUCAGUUUCGAAAAAUUCUUCACAUCACGUGAUCGAGGAAGAACACGACCCACUUUUGGCUGCAAAAGGAGAUACUGUUAUGAUAUCUCCAAGUCCUACUUCCAGUAGCGAUUUGUCAAAGCCUACAUCCACCAGUGACUCAGUUGAAAUUACAAAUGUUUAUAUAAAAGAAAAAAACCCAAAAUCCCAAAAAAAUAACCUUUCAGAAAAUGAAGAAAUCAAAAAAAAUCAGGAAAACAGAAAAUCAAAAAAACAAACCUCAGGAGCUCCUCUUACUGAUCUGAUCUGGAACGGUCAGAACGCCUCGCUCCAACAUCACAAAAACAAUUCAUCAAUUAAACUUCUCUCCAAAGACAGGUUAAUAAAGGAUCUUGAAAAACUCGGAUCUGGCUUAAACAAGAAUUGGGAAGAAGAUAAAUUCACAGACGAUUUGACCUUUAAGAAGAUCAGGAGGUUAGGGUUUGCCAAAAACUAUGUCACUUCCCACUCACAACAAGAAUGGGCAGGAGAACAAGGCAGAAUUGACAGAUGGAACAUCCCGCAAGAAUUUCUCAUUGAUUCAUUGUCACUCCUUGGAGAACACGAAUAUCAAAAAAGGGCAAUCGAAUUGAGGAUUGAUCGGUUUGAGUACAAGGAUACCCAAUUAGACCCGUCCAAAGAGUUGUCUUUAAAAGAAAAGCUAGCGGUUAUUGAAGACCACUUUUCCCAUCUCCCCGAGAAAUUUUAUGAAACAGCUCUUCAGCUCGAAACCAAAUUGAAACAAGUAAGAGCAGCUAAAACAAAUUUCCUAGACUUACUUGCCAAGGCGACAGGUGAGGAUAAGGAGGCGAGACCACUGUACCUCAGAGCCAUACAUGAAAACGAGAUACAAGAAAGAGAUCUCAUGGCCCAAUUGACAAAGGAAAACACCCUUCGUGCUAUUGUUCCCUUGAUGAUGAUCAGACCACUCAGCAACUCCACUGCCUAUAUGUCCCUCAGUCCCAUUGAGGGACCUAAAACCUCAACCCAGGGACCCAGCCUUCUAAUGUCUCUUAAAAAAUUGUUAAGACAAGGUUAUGAAGGAUCAACUUCCGAUUACUAUUUCAAAUUGAGCAUGAUUCCCUCUAAACCUCUCGCAAACAUGUUUCUUGUCGGACUUGAACACCCAUCAGAUCACAAAAACCCAGAGAUGGCGAUCAGUGAAUUAUUCAAUAGAGGUUCCAUGCAAAUUACAUCGUCCCAUAACCUCAAUUUUUCAAAAUUCCCAUCAGACGUCUACUCAGUGGAAGAAAAAGUCAAGUAUGAGAUUCUCGUUGCCCAUUCAGAGCGCAUUCGCAAUACAUACUAUUUAGACAAAGACAAAGAAAAGAGUAAACUGUUCUACCUCAUUGCAACGGACUCUGGCAAAGUCCCUACUCGAAAGAAUGCAAAUCUUCCGAACUAUAGUCUCGAGAUCAUUUCGACUUUUAAAUUCUGCAGUUAUUGUCACGAAAGUGAUCACCCAACCUUUAAAUGCACCAAAACGAACAAAAACCGCACCACGUACUAUCCACCUAGUACACCAAUGGUAGCUACUUACACUCUGACCAGAGAAAGUACUACAGACAAUGGCAGUAAAUUUCGUAAAGUACGGACAGGGGCCUUCACCGAAGUCACCAAGGGCGUAAAACCCCAGAAAAUCCAACAAACAAUUGUAAACCAUGGAUCAAAUUCAUUCAUGAACUUGCCUAUGGAAGAACCGCCCAGCUCAACUACGGACCCGACCAGCACCACGGCCUUUUCGCGUCAGCCAACAAGUACACCAACAACCCCUCGCCAACGCCAGACACAAAGCCAAACACCGGCUACAAAGACGAAGACAACUCAAGAUCUUGAUUCCGAGGACAUCGUGAUCCAGACCACAACGUCGAUCCAGACAGAAGCAAACACCAUAACUCCCCCCAGCACGCCUUUUACCGUCCAAACACAUAAAACUACCGACACUCCCUCUUCUAUGGGAGCUUCCUCAACAAGAAGAACUCCAUACUCAAGACCCAUCAACAAGCGUCAAGAUGCGACCUCCCCAACCCAGCGAUUGGAGCCGUUACGGGCAAGAAAAACACCCUCUCGCCAAAACACGGCACAACUUGCAGACGCAAGACUGUGGCUGGAAAGAUACCCCCAGCGACUACGAGACAACCCUCCCAAAACGGGAUCGGUAGAUUUCUCUUUCUCCCAGAUAGGAUCAUCCAUAGACCCUCUCAAAUCCACAAAUACUACACCUGCCAUGAUCAGCUCCCCAAUCGGAUCGUCAUUCAGUAUCACGGAGGCAUCACAACAACAGCUAGCAAACCCCAUUCAGUUGAGGUCCGAAGUCCUUCCAUCACAGGAUACGAUUCCUGACUGGUCGACGUUACAGGACACUAGCACCAAUGACACGCCUUCUCAAUUAAAUUAA